GUUCUCCCUUGUAUUUUUGUAACCUUCACCUUUUUGGAAGAUGGCGGACGAAGACAAGUACUCAGUACUGCUUCCAACAUAUAAUGAGAGAGAAAAUCUUCCUGUCAUCAUAUGGCUUCUUGUUAAAUACUUCACCGAGAGUGGAUAUGAUUAUGAGAUUAUUGUUAUCGAUGAUGGAAGUCCAGAUAAAACCUUAGAAGUGGCCAAGCAGCUUCAGAAGAUUUACGGCAGCGACAAAAUUAUCUUACGUCCCCGGGAGAAAAAGCUUGGUUUAGGGACAGCAUAUAUUCAUGGAAUGAAACAUGCAACUGGCAACUUUAUCAUAAUUAUGGAUGCAGAUCUUUCACAUCAUCCCAAGUUCAUUACAGAAUUCAUCCAGAAACAACAGGAAGGAAACUAUGACCUGAUUUCAGGAACACGUUACAUUGGCACAGGAGGUGUGGCUGGUUGGGACUUCAAAAGGAAACUUGUUAGCCGUGGUGCAAACUAUUUGACGCAAGUACUGCUCAGACCAGGGGCCUCAGAUCUGACAGGAAGUUUUAGGUUAUACAAGAAAGAAGUCUUACAGAAGCUAGUGAACUCCUGUAUCUCUAAAGGCUAUGUGUUCCAGAUGGAGAUGAUAGUUCGAGCACGACAGUUUGGUUACAGCAUUGGAGAGGUGCCUAUUACCUUUGUUGACAGAGUGUAUGGAGAAUCAAAGCUUGGAGGAAGUGAAAUAUUUCAGUUUCUCAAAGGACUUCUAUAUCUAUUUGCAACAACCUAGAUGUAUAUUUCAAACCUAGAAUAUACUAUUGUUAUUGUUUGUG